CGAGCAGGGACCAGACGCUGACAGCUCCUCAAACAGAACCAGACUCUGGUUCCACUCGGAGAAAAGCGAAGACAAGAGAAGCAGAGCGAGCGGGGAAUUCCGGAUCCUCAGCCAGGACCAGCCUUCCUCAGAGCAUCCAAGCCGCGGAGCGGAACCUUCCCCGGAGCAUCCCUGCGGCGGAGCGCAACUUUCCCCCCGAGCAUCCACGCCGCGGAGCGCAGCCUUCCAGAAGCAGAGCGCGGCGCCAUGGCCAAGAACACGGCGAUCGGCAUCGACCUGGGCACCACCUACUCGUGCGUGGGCGUGUUCCAGCACGGCAAGGUGGAGAUCAUCGCCAACGACCAGGGCAACCGCACGACCCCCAGCUACGUGGCCUUCACCGACACCGAGCGCCUCAUCGGAGACGCCGCCAAGAACCAGGUGGCGCUGAACCCGCAGAACACCGUGUUCGACGCGAAGCGGCUGAUCGGCCGCAAGUUCGGCGACGCGGUGGUGCAGUCCGACAUGAAGCACUGGCCCUUCCAGGUGGUGAACGACUGCGACAAGCCCAAGGUGCAGGUGAACUACAAGGGCGAGAGCCGGUCGUUCUUCCCGGAGGAGAUCUCGUCCAUGGUGCUGACGAAGAUGAAGGAGAUCUCCGAGGCGUACCUGGGCCACCCGGUGACCAACGCGGUGAUCACGGUGCCCGCCUACUUCAACGACUCUCAGCGGCAGGCCACCAAGGAUGCGGGCGUGAUCGCCGGUCUGAACGUGCUGCGGAUCAUCAACGAGCCCACGGCGGCCGCCAUCGCCUAUGGGCUGGACCGGACCGGCAAGGGCGAGCGCAACGUGCUCAUCUUUGACCUGGGGGGCGGCACGUUCGACGUGUCCAUCCUGACGAUCGACGACGGCAUCUUCGAGGUGAAGGCCACGGCGGGCGACACGCACCUGGGCGGGGAGGACUUCGACAACCGGCUGGUGAGCCACUUCGUGGAGGAGUUCAAGAGGAAGCACAAGAAGGACAUCAGCCAGAACAAGCGCGCGGUGCGGCGGCUGCGCACGGCGUGUGAGAGGGCCAAGAGGACGCUGUCGUCCAGCACCCAGGCCAGCCUGGAGAUCGACUCUCUGUUCGAGGGCAUCGACUUCUACACGUCCAUCACGCGGGCGCGGUUCGAGGAGCUGUGCUCGGACCUGUUCCGCGGCACGCUGGAGCCCGUGGAGAAGGCCCUGCGCGACGCCAAGAUGGACAAGGCGCAGAUCCACGACCUGGUGCUGGUGGGCGGCUCGACGCGCAUCCCCAAGGUGCAGAAGCUGCUGCAGGACUUCUUCAACGGGCGNGACCUNAACAAGAGCAUCAACCCGGACGAGGCGGUGGCCUACGGGGCGGCGGUGCAGGCGGCCAUCCUGAUGGGGGACAAGUCGGAGAACGUGCAGGACCUGCUGCUGCUGGACGUGGCGCCGCUGUCGCUGGGCCUGGAGACUGCGGGCGGCGUGAUGACGGCGCUCAUCAAGCGCAACUCCACCAUCCCCACCAAGCAGACGCAGACCUUCACCACCUACUCGGACAACCAGCCCGGGGUGCUGAUCCAGGUGUACGAGGGCGAGAGGGCCAUGACGCGCGACAACAACCUGCUGGGGCGCUUCGAGCUGAGCGGCAUCCCGCCGGCGCCCAGGGGCGUGCCGCAGAUCGAGGUGACCUUCGACAUCGACGCCAACGGCAUCCUGAACGUCACGGCCACCGACAAGAGCACCGGCAAAGCCAACAAGAUCACCAUCACCAACGACAAGGGCCGCCUGAGCAAGGAGGAGAUCGAGCGCAUGGUGCAGGAGGCUGAGCGCUACAAGGCCGAGGACGAGGUGCAGCGCGACAGGGUGGCCGCCAAGAACGCGCUCGAGUCCUACGCCUUCAACAUGAAGAGCGCCGUGGAGGACGAGGGUCUCAAGGGCAAGCUCAGCGAGGCUGACAAGAAGAAGGUGCUGGACAAGUGCCAGGAGGUCAUCUCCUGGCUGGACUCCAACACGCUGGCCGACAAGGAGGAGUUCGUGCACAAGCGGGAGGAGCUGGAGCGGGUGUGCAGCCCCAUCAUCAGCGGGCUGUACCAGGGUGCGGGUGCUCCUGGGGCUGGGGGCUUCGGGGCCCAGGCGCCCAAGGGAGCCUCUGGCUCAGGACCCACCAUCGAGGAGGUUGAUUAGAGGCCUCCUCUUUUCUUUCCGGGUGUGGUCUUAGAAGACCGAUUCUUCGCACUUGAUAGCUGCUUGCGCACUGAUUACUGUCAAGUUUAUUUAUAGUCCUUUCCAUAGUUAAGUUUAAAGUUACCGCCUGAGUUGACUGUUAAACUGAGUUGACUGUUAAAUUUUGUAUGCUUUUUAAAAGUAUAUAUAUAUAUAUAUAUAUAUAUAUAUAUAUACAUACAUACAUAUAUAUAUAUGUAUAUAUAUAUAUUCAAAGUAAUAUUGGGAGCUGCUCCAUGCACUGUACCAGGGGAUUUUGUUUUAUAGCUAAUGAUGUGUAAAGUCUAAAGAUUUUUGGGGAUUUUUAUAUCAGUGUUCCAGUAGCCUGGGAAGACAUAUAGUCUAGCUGCCCAGUUCCCUGGAGAUGGUCAUCUCUAAGACAAACUGUCUUUCAGAAACGUCUUGGUAAAUUGUACUACAUAACUUUACUCUUUGGUACUUAACCUUUAUCUGCUUGUCCGUGUUACGGUUUGUGGUAUGUAUAACCAGUAUAACCAUUAUGUUCUUUGCAUUCAAUCUAAGUAGGUUAAAGAUGGUGUGUCCUUCCUGCAAACACGCCUACACUGCCACCCUGGGUACAUUUGUUCUAUGCAUCACUACAAACUAAUGAAAAAAUCUUUUAUGACUUAAAUAUUCAAAAUAAAAGGUUACAAGUA